UGGACUAUUUCCAGACUCUCAACAGUGAGCAGUGAGCAGGUGAACACUCUUAAAUCUUAAAUUUAUUUUCCCCAGACAUUCUCAGAGAAUCUCAACAUGAUACUACCAACUUAGAUCCAAUACUUGGUCAAAUAUAAACAAGAUAAACCCAUCACAUGUAAUACCAACUUCAACUUCAAACUCUCAAAUCCAAAAAAAUGGAAAAACAGACAUGGGUUUUGUUUCUUCAGUUAUUCUUACUCAUUGCGACUUUAAAGAGUUGCAUUAGUACUAGGAAUAGUGUUAGUGGUAGUUUUAAGUUAAACCCAGUUGACCAACAAAAACUAGAUAAAGUUAAUCACCUCCCUGGACAGUAUUUCAAUGUUGAGUUUGAACAUUACUCUGGGUAUGUCACAGUCAAUGAAGAUGCAGGAAGAAAUUUCUUUUAUUGGUUUGUUGAAGCCACUACAGAACCUUCUUCUAAACCUCUCGUUCUUUGGCUCAAUGGAGGGCCUGGAUGUUCUUCGGUUGGUUAUGGCGAGGCAAUGGAGAUUGGCCCUUUCCGCGUCAAGGAAGAUGGAAAGACAAUUUAUCUGAAUCCUUACUCUUGGAAUCAAAUGGCCAAUCUUCUGUUCAUUGACACUCCAGUCGGAACUGGAUAUUCUUACUCCAAAAACUCCGAUGAUUUGUUGGAAAAUGGAGAUGAGAGGACAGCCCGGGACAACCUGAUAUUUCUACAGAAGUGGUUAGAGCGGUUUCCUCAAUACAAAGACACGGAGUUCUACAUCGUAGGAGAGAGCUACGCAGGGCACUACGUUCCUCAGUUAGCUGAAGCCAUUGUGAGGUUCCAUAAAUCAACAGGAGAUAAAUCGAUAAAUUUGAAGGGAAUCAUGGUAGGAAACGGUUUGACUGACGACUACUAUAAUCACUUGGGAUCUUUCCAGUAUAUGUGGACCAACGGAUUGAUAUCCGAUAACACAUACAACCUUCUGAACACAUCUUGUCUCUCUCAAUCAUAUGAACAUGUUUCAUCCAAGUGUCAGACUCUUCUUGAACAGGCCAGCAAAGAAAUGGGUGACAUUGACUCAUACAGCGUGUUUGCUCCUUCUUGCACAGGCACUUCUACUCAAUCAAAAAUGCUACUUAAAAGAUUGUUCAAGAAGGUUGGGAAAAUCCAUGAAGAGUAUGACCCAUGCAUUGAGGGCCACACAACUGCUUAUUUUAACCGACCCGAGGUUCAAAAGGCACUUCAUGCUGAUGCAGAGGGAGUUGCAUCUGCAUGGGAAACUUGCAAGGGCUUUAUUGACCAGCACUGGAAGGACUCUGCAACGUCAGUGCUACCUAUUUAUCACAAGCUGAUACAUUUAGGACUUCGCAUCUGGAUGCUCAGCGGAGACACUGAUUCUCUAGCUUCAGUAACAUCCACCCGCUACAAUAUAAACGCUCUCAAGCUUCCAACAAUCACUCCUUUCCAUGCUUGGUAUGAUGAUGGACAGGUAGGAGGAUGGACUCAAGAGUACAAGGGUCUCACUUUUGUCUCUGUGAGAGGAGCUGGACAUGAUAUCCCAAUGUAUAAACCUAGCCUCGCCUAUCCAGUUAUCAAAUCUUACUUAUCUGGAAGUCCAAUGCCAACUCCAUCACAACUCGCAGAUUCAUGAGACUAUCAUGUUCAUGCUAUGUACUUGCUGUAUGCAUCAAUGUACUAUUAUUAUCUUAGGAGCAAACGUUACUGUGAACAAAUGUUGGGAAAACCUGUAAGAAUAGUCUCUGCAUUGAAAGUAGAAACCAGAUUAUCCGUAAGUUGAGCUUAAUAAAUAUGUGCUGAGGUUUAUGAAAUAAGUGUACUGAUACUUUGAUCUGUCAACUCAAACUGGACUUGUUGGAUGAGUUUCACUUUUAUAGGAUUCUAGAUUCUACUAUGUAAA